AUGUCCCACUCGCAAAAGACAUACUACAUCGACGUCCCAGAAGGAGCAGGAAACACCUACGACUUCAACAACAUCCCUCCCGCGCUUCCCCAAAACACGCAACACAUCCUGACAAGCGGCUGCCACACCUGCGUCGGCGUCUAUUUCAAAAUCGACAACGAGAGAUGUUUCUGCGCCCACAUCAACGCCAUGUUCGCUCCGGGGAAAGUCCGCUUCGUGAAGACCCAAGAAGAUGCCGACAAAAUCAAGCGAAUCGUGCGGGGGAAACUGGAGCGUGAAUCUUCCGCCUCGAACUGGACGGCGGCAGAAGUUCGUCAACGUGCUGGGUUUCCCGACACUGUCGUCUUGGUCUGUCCGAUGCUGUAUUCGAACGACGAGAGGUGGAAACAGACGGGCUACUAUGUCGUCGAAGCAAUCAAGGAAUUCCUCGAGCUCGAUGCAGAUUUUCCGGUCGAUUCCGAGUCCCAAGGGUUUCUUGUGCAUCAUGCUAGCGGUCAGGUCAAGAAGAUUCCGAACGGCGGAGUUGAUCAUGCGGAGAAGUUGAAGAGCUUCCUGGCUGCUAACAAUUUACGAAAGGCCAAUCUCAACCUCGAUAGUUGGACGAUUGCUCUAGACAGCGUAGAAUAUGCGUAG